AUGGCUAUGAGCGGCGCCGCAGUGUACGACGGGGGGCCGUACGAGCCUUAUGAGCCGUACGAGCCUUAUGAGCCGUACAAGCCGGACGAAGAGCAAGUGGCGAGCAAUGAUGUGAUGGCAGGAGAUGAGCCGCCGUGGCUGAGCGACGCUAGGAGGCAGCUACUCCGACUAGCGCCGGCAUCUACUUCGACUAGCGCCGGCAUCAAGCGGAGGCGAACCAACUCCGCCUCGCUCUUGCAGGCGGAAGAGGAUGUGCGCGGCUCUGCUGUCAGCGCCCUCGCGGGCGGGGUGGUCACAAUGAGGGACGACGCACUACUGGAAUCGUGCCCGCUCAAGCCACAGCGGCGUCUGACCAUGAUCGUUGCUCGCCUGCUGUUGCUCGUGCUCGUAAUGCGGCUGGCGACGAGGGUUGCGAGUGCUUACGCCGCUGAGCCGCCUGAGGCUGCCGUAGAUGGCGAGAGGUGGGCAUGCUGGCGAAUGGAGGAAAAGACAGCCAUGUUCUCUGCCGUGUGUUCUCCUCUUUUUGUCUUGUAA